GUGAAUGACGACGUGAUUGUUGCUCCCUCCAGCUGAGACCCCUGUGCCGGCCGCCCCCCAGAACCCGUGCCAGCCUUCUCCGUGUGGACCCAACGCUGCUUGCCAGGUAUCAGGGGACGGGCCAUCAUGCUCUUGCCUACCCGAUUACACGGGCUCUCCGCCCAACUGUCGUCCGGAAUGCGUGAGCAAUAGCGAAUGCGCAAGUCACCUGGCAUGCAUGAACCUCAAGUGCCGAGACCCAUGUCCCGGAUCGUGCGGAGCCAAUGCAGAAUGUCGAGUGGUGAGCCACACGCCCACCUGCGUGUGUGUUGCGGGCUUCACCGGAGACCCGUUCACGCAGUGCGUGGUGCAGCAACCGGAGCAGCUUCCACAGGAGAGACCGACCCCCUGCGUACCGUCCCCAUGCGGACCGAACGCAGUGUGUAGGGAACAGAACGGCGCAGGAUCGUGCACCUGCCUUCCCGACUAUGUGGGUAACCCGUACGAAGGCUGUCGACCGGAAUGUGUGUUGAACACGGACUGCGCACCCAACCGAGCCUGUAUACGGAACAGGUGUCAGGAUCCUUGUCCGGGCACUUGCGGGCCGAACGCCGACUGCCAGGUGGUGAACCACUUACCAUCUUGCACUUGUCGGCCCGGCUACACCGGCGACCCCUUCAGAUACUGCACCCUUCAACCACCGGAACCUGUGCAAGCAGAGCCCGGGGAUCCGUGCAACCCGUCGCCUUGCGGUCCGAACAGCCAAUGUAGACAAGUGAACGGACAGGGCGUGUGCUCAUGCCUGCCCAAUUACAUCGGUAGCCCGCCGGGCUGCCGACCCGAGUGUGUGGUGAGCUCGGAGUGUCCUCAGAACAGAGCCUGCCUGAAUCAGAAGUGCGUUGACCCGUGUCCCGGGCCUUGCGGACAGAAUACCCGCUGCGAGGUGAUCAACCACAGUCCGAUUUGUAGCUGUCGCCAGGGUUUUACCGGCGAUCCCUUCUCCAGAUGCUUCACCAUCCCACCUCCACCCCCGCGUCCAGCUGCCCCAGUGGUCGUGGACCCUUGCGUACCGUCUCCGUGCGGACCGAACUCCCAAUGCCGAGAUAUUGGAGGUGCCCCGUCCUGCUCUUGCCUAGCUAAUUACAUGGGAGUUCCUCCGAACUGCCGGCCCGAAUGCAGCAUUAACUCCGAAUGUCCCAGCAACAGAGCGUGCAUGAGGGAGAAGUGUCGCGACCCGUGUCCGGGAUCUUGCGGCGCAGGAGCCCAGUGCAGCGUCAUCAAUCACACGCCAGUGUGCACUUGUCCGGAAGGAUAUACAGGAGAUCCCUUCACCAACUGCUUCCCGAAACCACCGCCACCUGCCGAACCGGUGCAGUCCGACCCAUGUAACCCGUCGCCUUGCGGCCCGAACGCCCAGUGUCAGGAUGGAACUUGCACUUGCUUGCUGGAAUACCAAGGUGACCCGUAUUCCGGUUGUCGCCCCGAAUGCGUCCUCAGUACAGACUGUCCGAGAAACAGGGCGUGCAUCCGAAACAAAUGCGCCGACCCCUGCCCGGGCACAUGUGGCCAGGGGGCCACGUGCGACGUCGUGAACCACAUCCCGAUAUGCAGCUGCCCACAGGGCACAUCUGGAAAUCCAUUUGUGCAAUGCAGACCCGUACCGCGUACGUAA